GAACGAGAAGGGAUUAAAGGUUUGGACCAGUUAGAAUUAAGAUCUAUAUUAAUAUAUAUAUAAUUAAUUGUGGAUUGAAUAUUAUAUCUUAUUUAUUAGUAUUAUUUAAGAUCCAUAUCAUACUAUACUAUAGUAAUUUUCAUUACAUUAGCAUCGAAAUUUCAUUUUCAUUUAGUGUUGUUAAUUCUUUCAUUAAUCUUAAUGAUUAUCAUAUUUUAAAGUUAUAAUUUGCACAUAUUUUGUACAAUACCAUAUAAGAAGAAAGAGGAUUUUCAUAUAUAUACUUGAUUAAAAUCGAGUAAUUCAUUAUUCUUAACCUUCUUUAAAAAAAAUUUCAUAUCUAUUCACAACGUUUUAAUUAGCAUAAUAUCUAAUAAUGAUAACUCAAACUCAAACUAUAACAGAAAAGUUUCGACCUCCGCAAUUCUAUACCCUUGAUCAAGUCCGAAACCAUAACUCUCCAGGUGAUUUAUGGAUGAUAAUAUAUAAUCGAGUUUAUGAUAUAACUGAUUUUGCUCAUAGUCAUCCUGGAGGAAUAGAAGUAUUAUUUGAUUGUGGUGGUGUUGAUGCUACUGAAGCUUUUGAUGAUGUUGCUCAUUCUGAUGACGCAUUUAACAUGUUAGCACCUUAUUUUGUUGGAGAUUUAAUACCGCAUGAACAAAUAAAAUAUAAGAAACAACCAAGUCAUACAGUUCCCAGUAUAUAUAUUGAGAAUAAUGAUGAUACUAAACCUCAAAAGUUUGUGAAAUCAAUUUCAAAUAGUAAAAAGAGUAAAAGCAAUACGACUUCAAAGAAAUCAAAAAAGGGUAAGAAAUCAAGUACACCUGUUGAAAAAUUGACAAUUGCUAUUUUGAUAUUAUUGGUUAUCUUUUCAUUAAUAUUAUACGUUGGAGUUCAAAAAUUGAAAUGGACUUAUCAUGUUCAUUCUUCAUAAUAAACAAUUUAAAAUUGUUGGGUCUUAUUUCUUCACUUAUAGAACAAUAUUAUAACAAAUGUCAUCCGGUUGACAAAUAGGUAAAAUUUAAAGAGCCCAAAGGGCCACUGUCAUUUAAUUCUAAUCAUCUAUCAUUUUAUAUUAUUAUGAUAAUUAAUAAUGAUUUAUUCAGUAAUUUUGAUGGAUUUGAUAUUUUAUAUUUCUUCUAGAUGGAUUACCUUUGGUCAAUUUCACCUUGAAUAAAAUCUUAAAUCAGUCAAAUGGUAUCAAAUGAAAAUUCAAAUUCAUAUUAAUUUUAUUUAUUUGUUUAUUAUUUAUUUAUUCAUUUCUUUUACAUUACUUUUUCAAAAUCUAUUUAUUUAAUUAUUUACUUAUUUAUUGUUAUUUAUUAAAAUAUCUAAUUAUGCAUAUAUAUAUUUAUUCAUUAUUAUCAAUUCUCGCC